AUGUACUUGAAAAUCGUCCUUGACUCUGAUACUCCACAUACAAAUCUAGCAGAGGAGACUCGGUGUCCGACAUCCCUGUCUAUUGUUAAAGACAGAAGCCUAACUGAGAAUCAAGAGACCGAUGAUGAUGUCUUUGACCCUCCAAUAGAUCUGUCUUCAGAUGAAGAAUAUUAUGUUGAAGAAAGCAGAUCUGCCAGGCUUAGAAAGUCAGGCAGGGAGCGCAUUGAUAAUAUCAAAAAGGCAUUUUCCAAAGAAAACAUGCAGAAGACACGACAGAAUCUUGACAAGAAAGUGAACAGAAUUAGAACAAGAAUAGUGACCCCAGAGAGGAGAGAAAGGCUAAGGCAGUCAGGAGAAAGGUUAAGGCAGUCUGGAGAGAGGCUGAAACAGUCAGGGGAAAGGUUUAAGAAAUCCAUUUCUAAUGCAGCUCCCUCAAGGGAAGCUUUUAAGAUGCGUAGCCUUCGGAAAGCUAAAGACCAAACUAUGGCCGAAGAUGCAGAGGAGGUCAGGGAGAUGGGUGUGGACAUCAUUGCCAGGAGCAAGUCUCUGGGCCCCAUCAGUGAGCUCUACACUGAUGAGCUCAGUGAAACAGACCACGAGGAGGCCAGGGCGGUGUAUCCUCCCAUAGAAGGAGGAGAGAUCCCCACCCCUGAGCCUUUAAAAGUUACUUUUAAACCCCAGGUGAAAGUGGAGAAUGAUGAAUCUCUUUUGCUAGAUUUAAAGCAAUAAUCACAAAGAGGAACUAAGCAUAAUAUAAAUCUCUUUAAUCACAAGCUUCUUGUUUAAAUAGUAUAGUCAUUUACAUUUAUAAAAUAGUAAUUUACAUUUGUUCAUAGGAAAACAUGAAUGAUACGGCUGGUUUCAUUUCUGAUGUUUAAAAUCUUAAAGAUAACACAAGUAUUCUAUACAUUUCCUUAUAACUUCCUUGGAAAUUCUUUUUUUUCCCCUGGGCUUAUAUGAUUCUAUCAGCUUUCCCUUUUAAGUCAUUCUCAUGGCAGCUGUGGAUUUUUAAGUUCUUUUCUCUUGCCCAGCAGGAAAAGUAGUUUCUUAGCGAGGGCCAAUUAGGUGUUUGGUGUCUAAAACAUAUGAAGGGCAUAUUUGUAGCCAUCAUUUGCAAGUGAACUCUCAAUUUUGGUCUAGAUGGGUGUUGUGGCCAAGCUCAAAGGGGAAUUACCCAUGUGUGGAUUAUGUCCUCCAUAUGUUCAAAUAGAUUCAUUAGUCAAUUAGUAGUCACACCUCUUUUUGAUGCUUUUCGUAAAAAAUAUGGAGUUCUGGACUUGAGCAUUUGGUUCUGGCAUUAUAGCUUUGCUUACACCAAGCCACCUGGCAGAUCACCUGCCAGUAAACUCAUCAGUAAAAUGGAGAGGGUUUGUCUAUCCCAUCUCAGAGGACUGUUGUGAAGGUCAAAGGAAAUGUUACACAUUCUGGGGAAACAGCACAUCCAGAGGAAAACAAACCCCACUGGUUCCUCAGGAACAGAAUUGAAAUAAUUAUACCUUCUGACAUAAUUAUACCUUCUCAAUGUGCCAAGCAUUGAGGACCUAGGUUGGACAGAAGCUGAAGUUGGUCUUCAGAAACCUUUUCACAGAAUAAGGAAUGAGAAAUAAAUGUUUGAAUUUUUUUGGUCAAAGAUUAAAAUCCAACCUUGGGUAGGGUCUUAAAAUGUUUCCUGGAAACUCUUUUUCUAAUUUUCUUUAGAUUUAGAGCUAUGGUAGACUAGAGCCAUUUGAGCUGCAUGAAGCGUAAAACUAUGUGUGUCUUCAAGAGGACUUUCUAAAGUCUGUCCUGAUGCAGUGGGUUUGGAAAUGACCUCAUGUUUCUGUUUUCCAGAGCGAACCCCUCAGGGCCUGUCUGUCCAAAACAGUGAUCAUAGGAAUUCAUUGUAGCUGGUUUGGGAGGAAGCCAGACUCCACUUAACCAUUAGUUUUAGAUCUAGCCAAUCUGGACCAAUCUCUUCUAAUGAGAGAAAUGGUCAUACUAGUUCUGCACUUCUGGUGUGUUUAAAUCUUCUGGUUUUAUAAUGGGGAAGAAAUGAUGGAACUGUUGAAUUUGAAGAGUUUAGACAGGCAGCUUUCAGAUGAAUUUGGGGUGCUCCUGUAGUAGUUAAAAUUUAUAAUAUACACAGAUACACAGAGACAGACACACACAUAUCAGCUUUAAAGUAUUUGACUUGGUUACCCAGAUAUUUGGGUUUGCGAGUUUGAUUCAACAUCAUUCCCUCUUCAUUCUGCAAGAAUACAUAAAGUCAUGAAUUGUGCAUCUCAAUUAUCUUUUUAUAUUGAAAACUAAAGUGUUUACAACAUUCUUUGAAAAGAACAAUUUAAAAAAAUUGUUGUAGUUUAGAAAGAACUUGGAUGCCUUGUCACGCAUUUCCUUAAAGCCAUAAUAAAUUUGAAUUUUAAGGGGCA